CUCACACACCACACGCACAUCCACACACCAUGGCCGAAGUCCAGUCCCCGCCCGCGCAAACCGCGCAACCCCCCCCCGAUGUCUCCCUCGAACCCGCGACGACGACAUCCACCGAGCUCGCGCCCAUGACCACCGAGCAGACCAUCAUCACCACCAACGCCGAGGGCAAGAAGGUCAAGAAGAUCAUCCGCCGCAAGCGCCGCCCCGCCCGCCCCCAAGUCGACGCCGCAACAUUCAAAACCGACGCGCCGCCCCCCACGGGCACAAUCUUCAACAUCUGGUACAACAAAUGGAGCGGCGGCGACCGCGAGGACAAAUACCUCAGCAAAACCGCCGCACAGGGGCGCUGCAACAUCGCAAAAGACAGCGGCUACACCAAAGCCGACAGAACCCCCGGCUCCUACUUCUGCCUCUUCUUCGCGCGCGGCAUCUGCCCCAAGGCCGUCGACUGCGAGUACCUCCACCGCCUCCCCGCCGUCACCGACAUCUUCCCCAGCAACAUCGACUGCUUCGGGCGCGACAAGCAUUCCGAUUACCGCGACGACAUGGGCGGCGUCGGCUCCUUCCAGCGCCAGAACCGCACACUGUAUAUCGGCCGCAUCCACGUCACCGACGACAUUGAGGAGAUCGUCGCCCGCCACUUCCAGGAGUGGGGCCAGGUGGAACGUACCCGUGUCCUCACCGCCCGCGGCGUCGCGUUCGUCACAUAUCUCAACGAGGCGAACGCGCAGUUCGCGAAGGAAGCUAUGGCGCAUCAGUCCCUCGACCACACGGAGAUCCUGAACGUCAGGUGGGCAACCAUGGAUCCUAAUCCCGCCGCGCAGAAGCGCGAGGAGCGCCGCGUAGAGGAACAGGCCGCUGAGGCGAUCCGCAAAGCGCUGCCCGCCGCGUAUGUCGCGGAAAUCGAGGGCCGCGAUCCGGAGGGGAGGAAGCGCAGGAAAGUCGAGGGUAGCUUUGGAUUGCAGGGGUAUGAUGCGCCGGAUGAUGUGUGGCAUGCGAAGGAGAAGGGGGAGUUUGAUCAGGCGCGUUUGUUGGAGAGUGGGGGCUUGAUGAUUGAAAGUGGAAGUACUGCCGAGGAUGAAUAUGCUGCGCUGCAACAACCCCUACAGCAACAGCAGGGUGCGGGGAAUGCGAUCUUUUCUUCCUCGACGCUUGCUGCGCUGCGAGGCUACACGGCGUCGAAUAAGCGGGCGGCGCCUGUCGCGGGCCCGUUGGUCGGGUAUGGGAGUGAUGAGGAUAGCGAUUAGUGGGGAGUUGGUGGGAGAACUUGUAUUAUAGCGUUUAGGGGGGAAGACUUGCAUUGUUGAUGGGCGGCGUUGGAGCGGAUGGGAUGGGAUUGAAUUUGAUUGAAAUGAUACCCUUGAACUUUCAUCCAUCCAUUCCUUCGUUGCUUUCAUGCUGUUGAACGUGAAGUUGCAUGUUGACGCGUGACCUCACACAGAUAUUUUCCAGUGAGGAAUAAGCGUAUCCAAUUCCAAGAAGAAGGAGAAAAACAUAACGAGUAAGAAAGGAAAGGAAAGGAAACCUGCGCAAAAACAACCCCCUAUCGCUAUCCAAAACCCGGC